UCACAUGUUUCCCAAAAACACCCUUCUACUUUUAUCCACACAAUCCAAAAGAACCGAACUCACACUCGUACUGCAACUUUGAAUCCUCUUGCAGAAAUGGAGAUGACUGCACGAUCUUUGUCUCAAGCAAAGCUCCAAAGCUGCUCGGCUACUCUUUCACCUUCCUUCCUUCAGUCAAAAGCCUCUCUUUCUGCAUCAAAUUUGGUGGUCCCUUUUCAGUCCUGCAAAAACUAUGGUGUCAGGCUCAAAUUUGAUAGAAACAGAUUAAGGAAACAAAGAAAUGUUGCGGUUAUUUUUGCUUCUGAAAGUGAAAGUAAUACUUCCACAGAUGUCACUGAUCGAUGGCUUCUUGAACCUGCAGGUGAUGGAGAUUCAAGACACAUUGGAUUUAAGGUUCAAAUGCCAGAUGCGUUUGAAAUUGCUUCCAGCGAAGUGACUGUUGGUCGCCUCCCUGAUAAGGCAGAUGUGGUGAUUCCAGUUGCAACAGUAUCGGGAAUUCAUGCUCGGAUUCAGAAGAAAGGAGGGAAUCUUCUGGUGACAGACUUGGAUAGUACAAAUGGGACUUUCAUCAAUGACCAGAGGCUAAGACCAGGGGUUGUUUCCAAGGUGCCACCCGGAAGUUUUCUUAUAUUCGGGGAUAUUCAUUUGGCAAUGUUUCGUGUCUCGAAGCUUGAGAAUGUUGCCAGCAUCGAAAGCAAACCAGAGGAAUCUGCUGAUAAAGUAGAAAGUGAAACUGCAACCGAGGGUCCUUCAAUGGACUAAAUAUUGCAGGAUUUUGUUGAGGAGGCAUUCAAUUUUUGUCAUUAGAUUUUUAUCCCUUCAAAUGUUUUCUCUUUAUGUAAUCCGAAUUUCUUCCACAUACAUUCAACAUGGAACGAAAUACAUGAAUAUACUCUCUUUAUCAGCA